AUGCCCAAGAAGAAAAAAUCUAUUAAACUUCUUGAGCAAUAUAAUAAUAAAAGGCAGAAAUUAACCCAGAAAAGAAGAGAGGAAAAAAUUAUUUCGGAAGGGGAAGGAGAAGCUAUUUCGGAAGGGGAGGAAUUUGAAGAGCAAUUUUCAGACAGCGAAUUUGAUGAUCAAGAGGAGGAAAAUGAGAGAAUCAAUGAGGAAGAGGAGAAAAUACGUACACGUCUACUCACCACGGCGCUCGUAUGGAAGGAGCCAGAAAGAGAAAACACAAGGAUAAUAAAAGGAGUACCGAAAACCACCUAUUAUCGCAAGUUCGGUGCCUCUGGCAUGCUUGCCACUGCUGCCAAGGAAACCCAUAAAAUUACCAAUUUCUUUGGGCCCAUGGCUGGAUCUUCAACUUUGGUAUCCUCAGCAUCUUCAGGAGUUUCGAACAAAUUGGAUGAUGAAAUUAUCCAACUUCGGGAAGAUCUUUUGAAGAACGGACGGGUAUUGACAGCCUUAGAGUAUAAUGAACGGCGAGCUGUCUAUGAGUAUCUUAUGCGGCUGGAUAAUGACCAUGGCAAGAUGAAGGCAAGCCAGGAAACCGCAAAUAUGGUCUAUAUUUCUCCAAGACCACACAGAA